AUGUCCUGUCUGUCCCUGUCGGGGUCGACUGUCUGUUCUGCCUGGAGUAGCUCAUCGGUCUCGACCAACUCCAGCCAAUAUGCUGACUUUCCAUGGCUCAAAAAUGUCACUAAUUUGAGCUCAUUCGACCAAUCCCUGAGCAAUUAUGUCUCGGGCUCCUAUGUCACUUCCAAAUAUGUCGACCUAUUAGGAUGUGAAGGCCUGAAUUCAAGUGCAUUAUAUGACUACUACGCCCAAUAUACUACCAGUGUCGUCUGCAGUGGCCUCAUUCAAAGCUCUAAGGAUGACUGCAACCUGUCGGACGAUCAAUCAGAACCCCUAUGUGCCGAGACCUGCGCACUCUACGCCACCAGCGAGGAGGAGAUCAUGGUGAACACGGAUCUCUGCCCCGAAACCGACAAAAACUACAUCCAACAGAUUCGCUCCGACUUUACCAUUUGUUCGCAACCGGCCGACUCGCUGACUGGAAGCUGUGUGGAAGGAUCCACUAACGAGCCGGAUAACUGUGGCUUUUCAUCCAACCUUAUCGGUCUCUGCACCUACUGCGACUCAAGCUCCUCCAACUCGACCGAUACAUGCUGCACCACUUCCAAUGCCACUAGCCGGUGUGAGGGUGUCAGUACCCCUACCACAACCUUACAGCCAAUUACCACCACCACGGCCGCGGCCGCCGCGAAUGGAGGCACGGGUCAUGGCUUGUCAGGAGGUCAAAUUGCGGGCAUUGUGGUCGGAUCCGUUGCUGGAGCUGCAAUCUUGGGUGCUCUUCUCGCCUUCCUUUUCAUCUGUACUCGCCGUCGCCGCCAAUCGCAAAAUGACGCAGGACUUAACCAGCCCAACCCACAAAGAAAGGGUGCUUCGCCGCCAAUGGAAAAGCUACCUGCGCAGCCAGAUAGCCCGACCAGAAUCAACAUGGUCCCAGGAGGCCGUGUCGCCCGCAUGUCUGCCCUGCGUGAAGUUCCGAGCUCCUCUCCCGCGUACUCACGAACAUCAGCUGCUAUGUUCGGUGGGGCUAAAUAUAGCGAUUCCUCCGAUUCAGAAGCCAUGGGUGCUAGCCCAGGAGCCAUGUCUCGCAGAAUCCCUCCUGUGACAGGAAAACGUCACGGCUCACUCUCGAGUAGCUCUGCUCUGGCUGGACUGGACAGCGACAGCUCGCCGCUUUCGGGCACCGUGGGUCAAUAUUCCUCUCCCGAGGGAGUGACGAGCGGCCAGUCGGAGCAAUUGUCCUAUUUCCGUGACUAUUACUCACAAGACGACAUUCGCCCUGGCGACACGGUGGCUGCUCUGUGGGCGUACUCGCCCCGGGCGGGCGAUGAGUUCGAGCUGGACCGGGGUGAGAUGCUGAAGGUAAUUGGCAUCUGGGACGAUGGCUGGGCCACGGGUGUUCGUCUCCCUGAGCGGGCUGAGGACUAUGAUAUUCGUCAUCGUGAGCAGCGUGAUAGCGGAGUCUCCAAUGGCUCGCACCGGCCAAGUCUGUCGCCGGCCCCCUCUGGUGAGAUCAAAGCCUUCCCGUUGGUUUGCAUCUGUCUUCCGCAGCACUGGCGAAAGAUCAUUGAUGGCGGCGUUUCGGAGGAGGACGAAAUGUGA